AUGCAGUUUAUGGAUGGUGAAAAUCCUCAUAUCCUACAUGAAGCAGCAUCAACAACACCAACAGGUAUGUCGAGCCUUCCAGAAGAGAUUCAAGUAGAUAUAUUUAUGAUGUUACCAGUGAAAUGCAUCUCGGUCUGUAGGUGCGUAUGCAAGCUCUGGUGUAACCUUCUUUUCAGUCCUAAAUUUAUCAAGCAUCACCUCAAUAAUGGUAUCAGAAACCAUAAGCUCAUGCUUAUUGAUAAUAUCAAUAGGUUAGAUACAAAGUAUUUUUCGAUAUGCUCCAUAGAUUUUGCUCCAGAAACAUCUUCAGCAUUGCUAUCCUUUAACAGCGCUUUAAAAUUGGAAUUCCCAAUCGAAUACAAGGAACAUUUUGUUCAGGUAUUGGGUUCCUGUAAUGGCUUGGUUUGCUUAGGUAUGCAAAGUAUUGAUUGGCACUACAAGAUUAACGUUUUUAUUUGGAAUCCAUUGAUAAGAAAAUAUAAGGAAAUAUUAACACCAUUUUCCUUUUCUUCUAUGAGGUAUGGGUUCGGUUAUGAUUGCAUCAACGACACUUUCAAGCCGGUAAGAAUUGGUGAGAAUAAAGAAACUCGUGGUGUUGAAAUUCAAGUUUACACAUUAGGAUCAGAUUCAUGGGACAAAACGCAACCAAUUCCGUACUCUUUUCCUCUUGAUCACCGGAAUGAUUCAGGCUUGCUAUUUAAUGGAGCUCUACAUUGGUUUGGCAUUAACACCGCUAAAGAAACUUCCUUUGAAGUUAUAAUAUCAUUCAAUAUUAGCACCAAGAGAUUCAUAGAUGUGCCACUACCAGAAUAUACUUCUAGAUAUCGUAACCGCAGACAGUAUAGAAGUGUGGCACUGUUGGGUGACAAUCUUUGUUUAUUUGAUGUUGAUUCUGAUGUCGUUGGUAUUUCCCUCAUAGAGAUAUGGGUGAUGCUAGAAUACGGAGUUCGAGUUUCUUGGUCCAAACAAUUUUCAUUCACUGAACAGUUUCCCGGCUUUGCGUAUGAUUUAACAUUGGUAUGUGCUUUAGGAAAUGGUGAGCUUAUGAUGGUUAGUUCUUGGAACGUAUAUUUAUAUGACCCGAAGAAGAAAAGACGUAGAGACUUGAAUGUCCAGACAGGAAUGGUAAACAAAGUGGUGACUUAUGUAGAUAGUUUAGUUUCACCUAUCUAG